AUUAUCAGCUCCGAUUUUGGGGAGCCCAUCACAUUACCAACACCAGGAACCGUUCAAGGUGCCCUCUCUUGAGUAACGAUGGGCGUCUUAUCCACUUUGAUGCGUGGAAUAAUACGAGGAGCAGACCGGAUGUCAGAGUUCACCAGCAAACGUGGUUCAAGGACUCACAACAAAGGUCGAGGAUCUAGACCCACUGGACGAAAUCUUUCCAGCAAAAAGUUCUUGUCCAUACGGCAGAUGAUUCCCGAGUUUGUGGUCCCAAAUUUGGAAGAAUUUAAACUACGACCAUAUGUAUCUUACCGCGCCCCGAGGGGAACGGAGCCGCCCCUCACAGCACAGAGCCUGUUCGAUGAAGCUGUGGCCCCUCAAAUCAAGAAAGACUUUGAAUCAGGAACUUUCAACAAAGAGCAGUUGGAGAAAUAUGGAUUUGAACCAACGCAAGAUGGAAAACUCUUCAAAUUGUUCCCCAAGAACUAUGUGCGAUAGACUGUAAUAAAGACUUUAUUUGAGCUCUAGUUUAGUUGUUCAUCACUUCAUCACUUCUGGCAUUGUAAAUGGUAUGUCAAAAUCAAAUCAAUCUAUGGCAGAACUAGUUGUGAAAAUAAAGAAAUUUUGGGUUUCUUAA